ACUCAGCGGUCCAGCUCCGCGGGCACCAGCCACGGCUCGCGCCGAUCCUUCAGCUCGCUGUGGAUUGUGGGAGUCGGGGACACUGCCCAGGCUUGUUACCGGGAGAACAGGGGGGAAUUUCCGCUCUGCUGUUUUUAGCUUGCCACUGGUUACAUUUUCAGCACUAUGUCCAGUCGAGGAGGUAAGAAGAAGUCAACGAAGACCUCCCGGUCUACCAAGGCUGGGGUCAUCUUUCCCGUGGGGCGCAUGCUGCGUUAUAUCAAGAGGGGCUUACCCAAAUAUCGCAUCGGAGUGGGAGCGCCUGUCUACUUGGCUGCUGUCCUUGAGUACCUGACUGCGGAGAUCCUGGAGUUGGCAGGAAAUGCAGCAAGAGACAACAAAAAGGGUCGUGUAACACCACGACACAUCCUGCUGGCCAUUGCCAACGACGAGGAGCUGAACCAGUUGCUGAAAGGCGUGACCAUCGCAGCGGGUGGAGUUCUGCCCAACAUCCAUCCCGAGCUGCUGGCCAAGAAGAGGGGAGCAAAGGGCAAGCUGGAAACUCCCGUUUCACCCGCUCCCGAGAAGAAACCUAAGACGGUUAAGAAAACAGCCACUAAGAAAAUGACUGGGAAGAAGGCAGGAGGGAAGGCUAAGAAGCAGGGUGAGGUGAGCAAGGCAGCGUCAGCAGACAGCACCACAGAGGGCUCUCCAGCCGACAGCUUCACUGUGCUCUCCACAAAGAGUCUCUUCCUGGGUCAGAAGCUCAACCUCAUCCACAGCGAGGUCAGUAACCUGGCUGGUUUUGACGUGGACGGGGUCAUCAACCCCACCAAUACUGAACUCGAACUUAAAGAUGAUCUAGGCUCUGCUCUAGAGAAGAAGGGAGGGAAGGAGUUCACUGAAGCUCUGCAGGAGCUGAAGAAGAAAAACGGUCCUCUGGAGGUGGCUGGCGGAACGGUUUUCCGAAGCAGACGGCGGCUCAGCUCAUCCUCAAGGCCAUUUCCAGCUACUUUGUCGCCACCAUGUCUUCCACCAUCAAGACCGUCUACUUUGUGCUUUUUGACAGCGAGAGCAUCGGCAUCUACGUGCAGGAAAUGGCCAAGCUGGAGACGAGUUAAAGACCGGGACGUUCUCCUCCUCCCUGCCUCCUUUGUUUGUUUGUUUUGUUUGUUUUUUUGCCUGCAAGAAGAGAGGAAGUUGUUUACAGGUAAUUUAUUAGAAAUGAAGAAAAACAAAAAAAAGAAGAAUUAUAAAGGCCGGGAACUUGAUUUUUGCAUUAACUCUUGUUUUUAAUUUCUUAAUUCCUUUUUACACCUGGUGUUAAAACGUAGCUGUGUGCUGAUCGUUCUGCGGUCUUUUAACUCGAGACACAAUCAGCAAUUAAAUUUAGGUUCUAUAUGAUUAAAAAAAAGUUAUGAGACAUUGCUGCACCUCAAUUACAAGGCUUCAGGAGAAGUCUGAUAAUACGGGUUAAUGCAUGUAAAGAUAAGAAAAACAGCUAUUUCUCUUUGAGCUCAGUAUCACACUACAUUUACCUGUGUGUCGUACUUUUUGGUAUCGCUUUGGAAAAUCUGUUGUACUGUAUAAUGAAAAGGUAAAGUUGGUCUUUAGGAGACUUGAGUUUAAGUGUAAUAGAAAGAGUUUUUGUGUUGUGUGUUGAAAAUUUCUCUGUUUGCCUUUGUUUAGACGGGCAAAAGUAUUUUCAGAGUGCUGCAAAAAUCUUGAAUAUCUAUAAAAAAAAGAACAAGUGCAAUGGAAACGCCAGCAUUGUGUUGUUGUUAACAACAUAAAUCAAUCAGUUUAUGGUAAUUAACAGGAGAUUGGAGGUUUUUGCAGAGCACCUAUUGUUUCUCUUGUGUGUUCCUGUAAGUGUUCAUAUAGAUGGGAGUAUUUGUGAAACAUUAUGGCAAAAAAUCAGUAGCAGAAUUCAGUUUCUUUUAUGAAUUUACGACAAACGGCACAAUAUUUGUGUGUUGGGUUUGGUAUUUUUAUUUUUUUCUUCUUCUGCCAUAAAGAAUUUGUACUUUAAUAUUGUUGAAAAUGGAGAUUCUGUUGUUUUCUUCAGCCACCAGCAGAUGGCGCUGUGAGCUCAAACAUUGGGCCUCAGAAACACGCUGGUCGAUUUGAGUUGGAUUUGAAAAACGAUGGACACAAAACACRAACGAACAGGAUUGUUCUGCUGCAUUUGGACUUUUCAACAGCCUAACUUUCUUAUGAGAAAACUAAAUUGUAAAUUGCUUUAUAAUAAAAUAAUUGCUAUAAUUGAUGAUUCUACAAAACGUCUGUAUACACUCCGGUAAUAAAAUAUAUUUGAAAA